AUGGCUUCUUCAAUCCACCUCAACGCAACUCCCGACUCGAGGAUGCCCCCCCCAUCCAUGCCCAACACAGAGCCUGCUAGCCAGAGCAGUCCCCAAAAACCGACAAAAAGUUCCAUGAAACCCCAGACCUCAAUCGACGGGGCCGAAGAUGGUGCAGAGGGUGACAAAAGCGCCACCAACGAAGACGCAGACACAGGCGCACCUGUCAUGGCUACACACAUGAACAUGUCAGGUGCUCUUCAGCGGAAGAUGUCGGAGCUCCAAGCUAGUGGCUGGAGACCGCCGGAAGAGUCCAUGGACAGCGACGACGACUACGAUGCUGUCGACAUGAUCAGCAACAGCGACGAUGAAGAGAAGAGCAUGAGAAAGGCCGAGGAGAAGCUGAUGGCCGACGACGACGAUGACGAUGAAGAGAGCAACGCUGCUCUGGCACGAAGGCUUAGUCUGUCCAGCCAGAACAGCAACCAAGCCGAGCUGGCCUAUCUCGAAUUCAACGACGACUACCUCCUGGGCGACGACCCCUUCUCGCAACCUUACCUCGAUGCGGAUCAGAUUAUGGCCGUGCCCGACUUCUUCCGCGAAGGCAGCCCCCUUACAAGGACAGAGAGCGAGCAGACAGUCCCUACACAGCGCCGUGUACGCUUCGAAGAGAGAGCUGACAUGUCCGACGAGACCGACUCGGACGCCGACAGUGACUUCUUCCCCGAUCUCUUCAUCCAACAAGACCACCUCGACCCGCGCUUCAGACGCCUGAUCGAGAAGGACGACGACCACGAGCUAUACCAGGACGACAGUAGUAAUGCCGGCUCCGAGUGGGAUUUCGAGGCUGACGAGAUGAGAGUACUGCUCAUGGACGAGGAAGAGGAGGAUUCGGAUUCGUCAGCUGGCUCUAGCGGCUAUGAAUCCGACGACGGUGACACAACUGAUGAAGAACCGAUGCCCCCGCCUCCCAAGAGAGCCUCCUCGGCGCCCACAAGCCCGAGCAGCAACAUGGCCACUCCCCGCCCCUCCAUCAGACUACCUCUCCGCAAGAACAAGAGCAAGCGGACUCCCACACAGCCAAAGAUGGGUACAUUCAUCAUAGACCCUCACCGCCCUGUGCUCACCAUCGAUGGUGUUGGUGUUGCGCAAAAGAGCACUCUCUGGCCUGCAAAGAUUCAGUCUGCUGCCGACAAGCAGUUGUGGGAGCGUAUGCAUAUGUUGAGCAACACCAAUAGUCGUGCUACUAGCCGGACCACUAGCCCCCGCCAGUCUGUUCAGCUCACUCCCUCGGGAGAAAGCGAUGGCAUGAGCGUUGGCGAAGAAAACGACUUCUUCGAUGCUUUCGGUGCUCUUCGUACAGAUCAAGUCAUUGGUCCUCCGGAAGCAUUCACUCCUUUUGUUGAUGUCACUGCUUCUGGCGCUGUCAUUCACGAUGACGAUGCCGCGACUGCUGGCGCCGAGGUAGAUCAAGAUCCAAUGUGCUUCUUGAACUUCGACGACGACGACGAAGAUGAGGACAUGCCCGACGAGUCCGACCACAUCGCUUCACCUACCAACCAAUCCUUCUCCUCCCAAGUCACCAACACCACAUCCUCCCAACCAGGCGGCUUUGACCUGCUUGCCCAUCUUGACCGUCAUGGCGUUGUGGGCUCAUUCCGCCGCAACCAACACUUCGCCAAGCACGUGGGUUCUCUGCCUUCGCAUCCUGCUUUGCGAGCCUCUCUAUCAGAAACGAAUGCAAUGCAGACCGGUCGCCGUGCAGCAGCCAACACACCCAUCACACCUCUAAGAAAGAAGAAGGCAAAGGGCGUCGGAGCACGCAAUUCUCCGAUGACCACCACAAGUCCUCUCACAAAGAGCCCUCCUCUAAAGAAAAAGGGCCCCAUCAGAGGCGGUUUUAGCCGUCGCUGA